UUGGGGGUGGAGAGAGGGAAAAUGCGCAACAGCCGCUAACGCACAAUCAAAUCGGAGGGACUAUAAUCUCCAGCAACUGUCAAUCAAGAUUAAUGGGCUAUAUAAAGACAUAUUGUCGUCAUACCGGUAGUCAGACAGUGCUGGGAUUGAAAAGGCUAAGCGUAGUCGAAGACGUAAAAUCCAAAUUGUGUUGGUUGGCGCACGCACUGUUGGCAUUGGCUCUCCAUGUCAUCUAUUGUCACCGCAUGUUCGUACUGUGCCUAUUAUAACAAAGACUUAUGUGUGUCAACCUCUGAUAUUCAAACUGGAGUGAUGAUAAUUCUGUCGUAAAGGGGUAGUGGUAUGGAGAAGACUUAAAAUUCCAACAUCUGUCAUCCACGCACUUUGGGAAGGUGUGCAUUGCCUAUGUGGAUACUCCAAUUGUAUUCUCAGGAAAAGGCAUCUUUAUACCUCAAAAAGUCGUAAUGGAAUUAAAUAACUUGGGACACGCUUUGCUUUUCCCGUUCCACAUCCUCUUCUGCAUUUUAAAAGCAUGCUUGGGGUUGUUGCUCCCGAGCAGACGGAAGGACCUACGUGGGGAGGUGGUGCUGAUCACCGGCGGUGGACGGGGCAUCGGUCGGCAUUUGGGGAAAGAGUUCGCAAAACACGGGGCAAAAAAGGUCAUCCUGUGGGGCCGCACUGAGAGGUGUCUGAAGGAGACCUGCGAGGAGAUCUCUCUCACCACUGGAGCCGAGUGCCACUACUUCCUGUGUGACGUGGCCAAUCGCGAGGAGGUGUACAAGCAGGCCAAGUUGGUCCGAGAGAAGGUAGGCGAUGUCACCAUUCUGGUGAAUAACGCAGCAGUGGUUCAUGGGAAGAGUCUGAUGGACAGUGACGAUGAUGCCCUGAUGAAGACUCAACACAUCAACACGCUGGGCCAGUUCUGGACCACCAAAGCUUUCCUACCCCGCAUUCUGGAGCUUUGCCAUGGCCACGUGGUGUGUAUCAACUCCAUCCUGUCACUGUCCUCCAUCCCGGGGGCCAUAGAUUAUUGCACCUCCAAGGCCUCGUCCUUGGCCUUCAUGGAGAGCCUGACCCUGGGCCUGCUGGACUGCCCCGGGGUGGGCUGCACCACCGUGCUCCCCUUCCAUACCAAUACAGACAUGUUUCAGGGCAUGAGAGUCAGGUUCCCUCAGCUCUUCCCACCGCUGAAUCCUGAGCUGGUGGCCCAGCGGACGGUGGACGCAGUCCGGACCAACACGCCGUUUGUCUACUUACCUUGGACCAUGCACGCUCUCGUUAUCCUCAAGAGCUUCCUGCCUCAGGCGGCCCUGGAGGAGAUCCAGCGCUUCUCAGGGUGCUACACCUGCAUGGACACCUUCAAGGGACGGACAUAGGAAUGGAGACCAGGCACGUGUACUGCCUGGGUCAUUCUUGAAUUGCGGUGGCAUUUGCGUCCCUUGCCUUUGCAACCAUGAAAAACACAUUAAAAUGACAAAUAGUUACACAUCAUACAUGUUUUUGUUUAUAUUGAACUGUUUAUCAUUGAUAAAACAUAAUGCAAGUCCUUUAUACUGCAGAACUGUAUGUUUAGGCAUUGUUUAAAGUACUUAGGGUAAGCAAAUUGGCUUGUCCCAGUAGUGAUGUGUAGAGUUGUAGUGACAUGUUUUGGCGAUUUAGAGAUACUGUAUCUAUCUAUUAUUUGAAUGCUAGAAAGUGAACUAAAGUAUUUAAUAUAUUGUAUAGAUCAAUUAAAACAAAGGCUAUUUAAAUACCUAUUUUCUUUACUAGUAUAACUUGUGUCCCUCAGUUUCAUGUCAUUGGUGUUAACGCCUUGAAAAUCACUCAUUACAAAGAUAUACAAGGACUUUGAGCAUUCUCUCCAGUGGCAAACUGUUAUCAGGGGAAGGGUCUAUAUUAAAGAAAAUUCUUAGCUAAUCAUACCCUUUUAGUAUGUCAUAAACUUAAGGAUUCCAUUGAUAAUUUGGUGUGUCUAAAUCCAGUGUUAGUUGGUGUUUAAAUGAAGGGAAAUAACAUUGUGAGCAAAAUGAUUAAUCAUAUCACUUUUAAAGGAUUGAUCACCUUAGAUUUGAGCAUUUGUGGCCUCCAUUUCAGAAAAUCCUUAUUUAUCUAAAAUGUCUCAUUGGCGUUACCAUCAUUGGUGUUAAUAAUCCUACUGGUGGCACAAUGUUAAUGUAAUGGUAAAAAAAAGUAAAGUCAUUAAGCUACCAUAUUAGUUUAUUUAGAAUGGGAAGAUGUACCCAAAUACAUAAAAGAAAAAUAUAUUAACUAGAAAAAUGAAGUUCAUUUUCUCCAUGCCCAAAUGCCACUGUAAUUCAAGAAUGACCCGCCCAUCUGCACAUCAGAAUCACAAACCUUGUGGCAUGUCACUAAGAACUAUACAACAGCAGCCCGUUAAAGGAGUGGAAGUACUGUAUCUCCAAGGCAACAGAGGCCUUAGGAACUAUGGGUACUUGGGGUCACAGUGGCCUGAUGGUGCAAGAAGAGGAUGCUGUGGAAUCUUGAACUGAAUAGUGGUGUUUGGUUUGCCAGAUUGGGUGCCACUGGCCCCACAACAGAUUUCUAUGCAGCCAUACUGCUUGGAGUUUGAGGUGUUUCCUCCAAAGCCUUUCAGUUUGGGAUCAUGGACUAAGCACCAGAUGGACUGGUAUUCAGAACUGAUCAAGCCUUUACCACUGUGGUAAACUUCACAUCUGUCUUACUAAAUACUAAUUGGAAAAUGCACAGAAAUUAGGGCAAAUGGUUCGUACUCAGGAUGUUAAUAAAAGAGGAACUACCAGUAGUUGCAUUUAAUUUGAGAUUUCUUGGGGUAUUUUGGUGUUUAGGAAAAACUGGUGGCAUAUCUCUUGUGCAAACAAUAGUCAUAUUUUGGGGGUAAAUAUUUUGUAAAUAUACUGUCCUGUCUCUAAUGCCAAUAAGAAUAUUAGUAAGGGAGAGCCGGGACGAAAGUAACACAGGGCGAAAGUAACACGCCCAUGUUCUCAUUUUAGACAGAAGCUAGAAUGACGUAAUGAAGUCAGUAUGUUCCUAAUGCAGAGGACGAGCUCCCAGCAAAACAACAGCCCAGUUUAACCAUGUUUCACCGAGUUAUCAACAAAAAGUGGUUUUGAGCGUUGUAAGUAAAAGAAACUGACCCAGAAGUGUUUUUCGGUUGUAGAGUUGUGUUUAGUUGUUUAAGGUUCCAAACAUAUGUCAUUUUCUUAACCCAUCUAGUGACUAAUUGACAGUAUAGGUUUCAAGCUAGCUCAUCAUGCUAGCUAGUCUUGGGUGUUAGCCUGGGAGAAGAUGCAGGAGAGACGGGUGGGAUGAAAGUAACACAAUGUUAACUGAUGACCUGGAAUAAAAUAAAACAACAAUUUAAGCACA